AGAAGCCCAGGAAAGAGGCAGAUGAUAUGGCAGCUUUGUGAUCGACCAGGUGGAACUUGCCUUUGUUAAUACGGUUAAACCGUUAAAAAUGAUAACAUUUUAACGCGAAGACGGUAAGAUAGCAAGCCGUUUUAAGAUGAUUUACUUGAUAUUUAUUUCCGCUUUUUCCGGGGCGCUCAUCACUCUGCUAUUACAGCUCUUACUGUUGUAUCGAAGAAGCCCCGAGCCUAUAGCUAGGACAGUGCAAUAUGUCAAAGCAGUGCCUGAGCCCGCAUUGAAGGAUUACUUUAAUAACCAACAUGCCGAAUCAGGACAACAACAGCCAGACAACACGGCAUCUGCAACAACAUCCAAACAGCAAGAGACCAUCUCUCCUAGGCAACAGGAAGCGACUGUCCCCGGCAGUAGCCCUAAACAACAGCCGCCGCCUUCUCAAAACGAGCCACUCCACACCUCUCAGCCGGAGACGUGCAAUUUUCUAAAUGCAAUAUUUUUGUUCCUAUUUCGAGAACUCCGGGACACUCCGGUGGUCAGACACUGGGUGACCAAAAAGAUCAAGGUGGAAUUCGAGGAGCUGCUGCAAACCAAGACGGCUGGCCGGCUGUUGGAGGGACUCAGUCUCCGGGAUAUAUCUCUGGGUAAUUCGUUGCCUGUGUUCAAAACCGCAAAACUUAUGAAGCCAGUGGCGUGCAAUGAGGAUGGCAUGCCCGAUGAGCUCAAUUUUGAAGUGGACUUGGAGUACAAUGGUGGGUUUCACCUGGCGAUUGACGUCGACCUGGUCUUCGGUAAAUCCGCCUACCUUUUUGUGAAGAUGACCCGGGUCAUAGGACGGCUGAAGCUGCAGUUUACCCGCACGCCUUUCACGCACUGGUCAUUCUCCUUCUUAGAAGAUCCAUUGAUAGACUUCGAAGUGAAGUCCCAGUUCGAGGGUAGACCGUUGCCCCAACUCACAUCCAUCAUUGUAAACCAACUGAAGCGCGUAAUUAAGAAGAAACACACUUUGCCUAAUUACAAAAUCAGAUACAAACCGUUCUUCCCCUUCCAAGUGCAGCCGCCGGUGGCCACGACCUGCGACCUGGACCUCUCCAUCCAGGACACGCGAUUGGUGGAGGGCCGCCUGCGAGUCACCCUGGUGGAAUGUAGCAGGCUGUUCAUCCUGGGCUCGUACGAGCGGGAGACCUACGUCCACUGCACCCUGGAGCUCAGCGCGCAGGAGUGGCGGGAGAAAACCCGCAGCUCCAUCAAGACGACGGAGGUGAUCAAAGGCACCGCCCAGAGUUUCGGCAUGACGUUCCGGCACGUCCCGGCCAGCGAGGGGGACGCCGUGCACGUCAGCAUCGAGACGGUCACCCAGAACUCGCCCGCUGCCCUGGCCGACCUGCAGAAGGGCGAUCGACUCAUCGCCAUCGGGGGGGUGAAAGUGACGUCUUCUGUGCAAGUGCCGAAGCUCCUGAAGCAGGCCGGGGACAAGGUUGUGGUGCUGUACGAAAGGCCGGUCCGUCACCAGAUCCCCGCCUCGGGAACCCUCCAGGAAGCGUUCGGCCAGCUGGAGGAGCACAGCUUCCUGUCCCAGCCGGUGUACGAGGAGGACCCGGCUCCCAUCACCACCCUGGACGCCGCCGACGGCAAGGACGUGGACUCCGAGUUUGAGGAGCUCAUCUUGGACGCCAGGGCGGUCGGCGGUGAGAUCAAGGAGGACGUUCUACUCAGCGUAAACCAAAGCCCCAAAAGAACCGUGGUCACUCUCGCCGCCAAACCUCUGGGCAGCAUUUCGCCCAUCUUGAACCGCAAACUGAACCUGGCCGGGCUUCAGUCCCCCCUGAAGCCGCAGCCGAAGGAGUCGCCCAAGCUCGCGCCUCCUAAAAGCGGCGAGCAGGCCGAGGGCCCCCAGCGACCCACCGUCCCUCCCCCGCCCCCGCCCGGCCGCCCCCCCGUGCCCCCGCGGCCGCAGAUCAAGCUGACCCCGGCGUCCUCGGAAACCCAGAGCCUGCUGGUGGAGGUGGGGGAGCCGGUCCCGGAGAAGCCCGAGAGGCCCCCGCCGUUCGCCGGCAACGGGGACAAGCCCGCCGUCGAGAAGCCGGCCGUCAAACCGCCGGACCCCGUCGUCGAGGAGCCGCCGCCGCCGCCCCUGCCCCUGCCGCCCCCGCCGGCGGCUCCCGCCAACCCCAGCAAGCAAGACUUGGCCAAAGACAAGGUGUCCGAGAGCUCCUGCAGCACGAGGGACAGCGUGGAGGAGCACCCCACCUGGGAGUCCUCGGAGGCCGUGUUCCGCAACAAGGCGGCCAGGUGGAGCAAGGCCUCCGCGGUCUUCGAGGUGGAGAGCAAUCACAAGUACCUUAACGUGGCGCUCUGGUGCAAGGACCCUUUCAAACUGGGCAGCCUCCUGUGCCUGGGGCACGUGAGCCUGAGCCUCGAGUGCGUCGCCCUGGAGUGCCUGUCCAGGUCCUCGAUGGAGUUCCAGAGCACCUUCAGGCUGUGCCCGCCGGAGCCCAGGGCCAGCGUCAGCCGCACGGCCCUGCGCAGCCUCAGCACGCACAAGGGCUUCAACGAGAAGCUGUGCUACGGCGACGUGACGCUCAACUUCACCUACCUGAGCGAGGGCGAGUCGGAGCACUCGAGCGGGCUGGUGGAGCGCGAGGGGGAGGGCGGCCGGGAGGAGGACGAGCAGCAGCAGACCCUCCACCCCGGCGAGGACCUCAGCCACAGCCCCAUGCAGAUCGUGGAGGUCAAGCACAACUUCCAGGACACCCAGUUCCAGAACCCCACCUGGUGCGAGUACUGCAAGAAGAAGGUGUGGACCAAGGCGGCCUCGCAGUGCAUGAUCUGCGCCUACGUGUGCCACAAGAAGUGCCAGGAGAAGUGUCUGAACGAGCACCCGUUCUGCAUGGGCGCGGACCGGCGGGGCGGCGACCCGGAGGCCAAGUCCACCAUCAACCGGGCGACCACGGGCAUCACCCGCCACAUCAUCAACACCAGCUCCCGCCUGCUCAACCUGCGGCAGGUGCCCAAGGCCCGGCUGGCCGAGCAGGCGGCCGACGCCGCGGUGGAGCCCUCCCCCAAGCACACGCCCAACACCUCGGACAACGAGAGCAGCGACACCGAGACCUACGCCGGGGCCAGCCCGUCCAAGCGGCCGCUCGGCGGCGGCGGCGGGGGCGGGGGCGGAGGCGGCGCCGCCAAGCUGGCGCGCAAGGAAGGCGGCCUGGACGACAGCGUCUUCAUCGCCGUCAAGGAGAUCGGCCGCGACCUCUACCGGGGCCUGCCCACGGACGAGCGCUCGCAGAAGCUGGAGCUGAUGCUGGACAAGCUCCAGCAGGAGAUCGACCAGGAGCUGGAGCACAACAACGCCCUGCUGCACGAGGAGCGCGAGGCGGCCGACGCCCGCAAGAAGGGCCUGGUCUCCACCGCCCUCACCAAGUCCGGGGAGCGGCUCCAGGCCCUCACCCUGCUCAUGAUCCACUACCGGGCGGGCAUCGAGGACCUGGAGUCCGUCGAGAGCACCUCGCCGUCCGAGCAGCACUGCUUCAAGGCCAAGGGGGCCCCCGAGGACGCCCUCCUGGGGGCGGACGCGUUCGACAGUGACAUAGGCAGUCCCGUGGAGGUCCAGCUGUUGGAUGACAUUACGGAGGAACAGAUCUGCGUGGAAGCACUCCCUUAAAGCAUUGAGGACACGGGGCUUGUAACCAACAGCAAAUUAUUUUAAACUUGUCCCCACCCCCCCCCCCCCCUUGUCUGGGAGGGUGGAGGUUGCACAUUCAUGGCGAACCCAUUUAGAGUCACAUCCCAGCUGAAUUAUAGGCAUUCUUCCUUGUAAGCUCAUCGUUUUCUUUUUAACAUUUUUCUGAUAAAACGGAAGGGGAACAGCUGAUCCGUACUAUAUAUUCAUAAAGCGUCUUUGAGUCGGAGUGCUGACCUAAGAUCAGUUCUACUCAUUCUAGCUUGUUUUGCUAAAUCUCCCUGAUAAUCAUCAAAGUUAGGCCAUGGACAGGUGAAACCUGAUCCUAGAUUACCACUCCAAGACACUUAAUGGAUAUGGGCCUUGGUUUUAAUGAGGAUUCUGUGCACUGGAGGAUUUUGUGCCAUCUGGCAACUUGACGAGUAGCCUAUAGUUGCCUGUACAGCUGUACAGACCCUUCCUUUUCACUCAUAAUGGAUACCCCUAUUCACCAGCCAUAGACCCUACUGGUGGAUAUGGAACCUCAAUCUCAUAUCAUAUCUCUUGAGUUUUUUUUUUUUUUUUAAUUCUCCUCAUUGUGGUAUUCAACGUAUAGGCAGCACUUUAAAGAUCAUAAUCUCAUAUUCAUCCACAGAAUCCAAAUUAUCGCAAUUUUAACUCCUGUGUUGUACAUCGUCUUUCUGGAAGGGUACCGAUAUUGGGAAAUAUAAUAACCUACAAAUUAAUAUAUGUUGCUUUGUUGUUGUGACAAGCCUCCUGCUCUCAAACUCUAUACCGUAAAUCCUACUGGAAAAGAAGAAAGGAAGGGGAAAAAAAAUGUCCAAUACUCUGUGUAGUUUCUUUCUGGUGUUGUAUUUUUAAUCCAUGCUGUCACCUGUAUUUGUGGGCACAUUUUAAUUGUAUGCUUUGUUCGCAUUUCGUCUGGUUUUUAAAGAAAAAAAAACUCUGCUGUUCUUCAUCGUAUUUGUUUUUUUUGUUGUUGUUUCUUUGUUCUGUUUUUUUUUAAUUUUUUUUUUUAAGAAAUUGUUUCUGUGUUUAACUGCAAACUGAGAGACAACUGCAUGUUUAAAUUGUACGGGCAAAAGAGAAAAGAAAACUGUCAGGGGACCAGGGUUGGAGAGACUAACUUUUUAAAAUUCUAAUUUGUGUGAAUUAUUUAUCACUCAGGCAGGAUCAACAUACAGUAUGUGACUGUCUAGCUAUUAUUUACUGUAGCCUGCAUACUCUGUGCAUAUGGUGAUGCUCUUGCUUAAAGUGUCGCUCUACUAGAAGCCUUUUUUGGGAUGGAGAUGGGAGUGGGGGAUGAAGUCUGUUGAACAAAUUGUUAUAAUAAUAGGAAUUUCAAAUCGAAGAAAGAAAAGAAGCCCUAGCUAAAAACAAAUAGGUCAUUUUCCCCUCCAUCCCAGUCAACAAAGUUAUGCCUGCAUAAUGUACGUGAGUUAUGGUGGAAUCAUCAGACUGUUGCCAAGGAAACGUUGUCUUGACGCCCUGUACAAGCCCCCAAAUGAAAGGCCAAUUAAGAAAUCACAUAUGGAAGAGGCAUGCUUUGGUAAUGCUAUGUACAUUUAUGUAUAUCAGGUGGGGGGACAGACACACGUCAAAUGGCCUAAUGCUUUUGUUGGGAUACAGUGUGUAUCGUUGAAUACAUUUUAUUAUUUGCUGGGGUCAAGGGGGGUGGAGGGUGGGGGGGGGGGCGAAGGAGAAAUCUGUGUUCUGAGUGUGUGCAGACUUGUUUGAUUGUGUACGCUUUGCCUUUGAAAGUCAUUUUUCAUACGAAUGAAUGUAUGCCACUGAAUAUACACACAGCACAAAAUGGCCGCCACGCAAAAAUCGCCUGCGAGACCCGGGCCGCAGCGGUUGCAGUGUCGGAAGAACCCGCCGAUGUCCCCGUUGUGUGAGAUCGUAGCCACCCCCGAAAUAAAAUCUGUACACGUCUGGUCCCCAUGGUUGUUAACAGCAGCCAGGCUCAAAGAAGAAACAUUCACUGACAAGGGAGAAAAGAAAGGAGAAGUUUGGUAAAUUAUAUUCACUUUUGAGGCCAAAGUCUCUUUUCCAGCAACUAGAGUGGAAUUACUUUGAGUUACAACAGGCCUUCAUUUAAAAAUGAAUGCGGGGGGGGGGGGGGGGGGGCUCUGAAGGUGUGGCAGGAUUUCAGAAGUCCCAGAAAGGAGGGAGAUCGUAACCAAAUUGGGACAGCGGGGUACUGGACUGGAUUGGGCAGAAUGGAGGACGCUGUGCCGAGAAGGCGGAGCCACAUUUUGUGCAAUAGGCGCUCUGACGCUCUGUGGAUAACUUGGCUGCUACUUUACUAUCUACGAUUGUUGUAUAUUCAGAUUUUUUUGUGCAAUAUUUUUGUAGGAAACAAAGACAAAAAAGGUGAUUCCCCGGGAACGGAUCGAAGUGGCCUAGCGAUCUCUACUACCCCCCCUCGUGUCCGUGUCUUUCUCGCUAUCUCAAACAAAAGAAAAAAAGAAGGAAAAAGAAGAAAAAACUCCCCCCACUGCAGUUUCCCGCGUUAGCGAUGUUCGCUCAGGGCUUGAACGGACGGUUAGCUAGCUAGCCUUCCGCCGCCGUGACUCGUGCACGUUAAGCCCAGGGUUAAUCGCUCCAGCCUUGCUCUCCUCAUUGGUCGUAACGGUGCAGUACACAAACAUUGUCCGCCAUUGCUGUUUGCAGUUUGAGCAUUUUUCACAAAAAGAGAGAGAGAGAGAGAGAUGUUAACACAGAUGUAACAUGGAUCAUGUAUUCGAGCGCUAUUGUACAUAGCCUAAAUAAACAAUCUCACCUGAA